AUGGCGUUACCAAUUGUACAUACGGCGGCGGAUUGCGUGAACUUUUCCCUCACAGUCGAACCUUUCAUAUCUCAACUAAUAUCCCUACCUUCAAAUCUGAUCGACUCUGUCACGGACAUCGAGACACUCAAACAAGUCUAUGUCAACACAAACCCCUUUGUCACAGUCAUCGCUUUUGCGUUAUUUCUAGCACCGAUAUUCCUAAUCAUAUCCGAAGUAACCAGGAAUCAUUCCCAAGUCGACCGCUGCUGGGGCGUUCUUCCCAUUGUUAACAAUGCUCAUUACGCAAUAUGGUCUCGUUUGAAUAGUUUGCCAACUGGGAUAAUCGACACUAUUUGCGGAGUCAGCAUCAUCUGGGGUGCUCGUCUCACAUAUAAUUACUGGAGAAAAGGAGGCUACAGCAUCGGAUACGAAGACUACCGUUGGAUCAUUAUACGGAACAAAUUAAACAGUCCUUUUCUCUUCUUCCUACUUAACCUCACCUUCAUAUCUCUCGUCCAACCUAUUCUACUAGCCCUCAUUACCGCCCCAACUUAUGUGUUCGUUUUGCUCAGCACUACACCCGAAGGCUCCCAAUACGAAGCAUUCGACUGCCUUUUUUCCUGUAUAAUCGUCUUCUUCGUCUUUAUCGAGACGCUUGCAGAUCAACAACAGUGGAAUUUCCAAAAUGCCAAGAAGGAAUUCAACCAGAUUGCUCGGGUUCCACCAAAGUACAAAGGGAAAUUCACAAGCGAUGAUCUGAAUCGUGGCUUCGUUGUUUCCGGGCUCUGGGCCUGGUGCCGACACCCGAACUUCGCGGCCGAGCAGGCUGUCUGGCUAACGUUGCAUCAGUGGUCUUGCUUCAAGAGCCAUCAGAACUAUAACUGGUCCGGGAUCGGGGCUCUGUGCUAUGUCCUCCUCUUCCAAGCGAGCACGCCCUUCACAGAAAGUAUCACGGCAAAUAAAUACCCAGAUUAUAAACAGUAUCAACGUCUGGUUGGGAAAUUCAUCCCACGUUUAAGCGUUGACUCAUCGGGAGAAGAUUCGGAAGAAGACCCAUCGUCGCCGUCGGGCACCAGCCUGCCAUCGAAAGCGAAAGUUGCCGCGAAAAAGACAAAAUAA